CACACCUUUUCUCUCGAUGACGUAUAUCAAGAUGAGAAUUGUGCAAGUGACAGUUAUAUAUCCAACGAAUUGUUUGUUUGCUUGUUAUGGUGCGUGAUGAAUUCUGUUCACCGAAUUUAAAAUGUCGAUAUGCACAUAUCGGUUGUGUUUGGUUUGGGAGUGUAGAAGUAAAAAGGAUGCUUGGUGAUAUUUUCGAUAAAAAUGAAGUUAAUAUUCCUCUUUUUUUAUCCGAAGUUUAAUUCGUGUUAGCUCGUCGCUCGUUUUGUUCGCUCUUUAUAUUUAUUAUGCCAUGUGUAAUCCUUUAAUUAUGGAAUCAUGAAACGGGAGGGCUCAAAAUCUAAAAUCACCUUGUUACAUUCCCUCUCACGGUUCUUCGUUGGCUCCCUCAAUUUCCUUUCCUGCAACAACUCUUCUUGUUUCUUGAGUUCGGCAACCAAUGGUUGUUAUUACAUUUGCAUAGGUAAUUGUGUUCAUAUCAAAUCUACAUAUCGGACUCAAAGUCAAGCGCCCAAAAAAAAAUAAUGUAUCGGCUCACCAUUAACAUCGUGUGAGGAUCGAACUCAUCUCAUAUUACAACAAGACUCCUUAUUUGUUAAUUUUAUUGCAUCUAUGCUCAUUUUUAACAAACCGAGGAGAGGUUUUCUCGCAAAUACAAGAAUCAUUCACCCAAAUCUCUAUUGUCGUUCACUAUCUCAUUCAACUUCGUACCUCAUUUAUUUUCCUAAAAUUUCACCUGACCUCAUCAACCUUAACAUAGCAUGACUACAAUUUUCUCAUAAUACCACUAAAUUGGACGUUCUUAACUCGUGCAACGUUCAUAUAUAGUUAAACUUAAAUUUCACUAAAAUUAUAAUUAGAAUGAUAAACAUAUGCCUAAAUAAAUAAUUAACCUUAUCCUUUUUUUUUCUCCUCCAUUAUCCCCAAUUUUCACAUACAACGGAAGGGAGACCCGUUCCUCUCCGGAUCUGCUAAAUAAUAUGCCAUAAUAAUAGAAUGGGCCGAGUAAUCUUUUUCUGACUCCAAAAAAACAAAUCUACCCAAAAUCACUUGUGGAAAUUUCCACGUCAAAACCAUCGAUCUACCAAUUAGAAUGAAAGACAGAAAUCUACUAAUAAGAUAAUUCAUAGGCAGGAGCUACUAGAACUAGAGGUAGAUGUGAUUUCCCUCUUUUUACCAGUUACUUUCACCUCAACCAAUGUUUUUUUCAGCUUCGUCAGGCGAUACCCAAUUAUUUUUCACCCUCUCUUUUUUACCUCCAAUUGUUUGUUUUUUUUUACAAUUUAACUGCCUCAUCACUCAGAUUUCUCACCAUUAAAUUCCCACCCCACCCCUACGCUCCCUCUCUCCCAUGACUGAUGACGUGUUCAUCGGGAACCCACCUCUAUUUUAAAGAAUAUAAAUCCCCCUAUUUUAUAUUUUUAUAAAUUAAAUUAGUUUUCCCCGUCUCGGUCCAAAGUUGGUGGGCCUACCGAGGCAUAGAAGGCCCAGGCGAUACCCACUGCCACACCCGCCCGUCUGUUACCACCACCACUCUCUCUCUCUCUCUCCUCCCUCUGUGAUUUUAACUUAUUAUAAAUAGAAAACCCUAACCCACCACUCCCCUGCCCCUCGUCUUCAAUUCAAUUCAAUCCUUCACUCAACUCACUCCACUCGCUCUCUGACUCAGUUUUCUCUCUCGUACAAACAGAUCCCACUCUGUUUCUUUUACACCUACCUCUUCUCUUCCUUUCCCCGGAGAUCUUCCGAAUCCGUGAUCCCAAAAACCAAUGGCGGCAGCAGCCUGCACGCUGAGUCACACCACGAGUGCGCCACCGCAGUUCUACUUCGACGAGAAGUGGAAGCUCUCCAAGAAAGAGUCCUCGUCGCGCAGCUCCCGAUCUUGUACCGGCGCAUCAACCGCCGCCGUCGCUACGCCGCUGAUGAAGAGGUCGUCGUCGCAGCACAGGAGGUGUUCGUUCACGAGGAAAUGCGCCAGGCUGGUUAAGGAGCAGCGCGCCAGGUUCUACAUCAUGCGGCGAUGCGUCACCAUGCUCAUCUGCUGGCGCGAUUACAGCGAUUCUUGAAAAAAAAAUCCAGAUUCGGGAGGAGUAAAAGAAAAACGAAAUCAAUUAAGAGUAAUCUCCGCGGUCGAGGAGAUUCGAUCGGCUGCAAUUAAUCCGUCGAGAUCGGAGAUCUGUGUUUAAUCUACAGUCAGACUCAAUUGAUGGCGGACGGUGCUUGGGGCCUACAGCUUCAAAUCAAUCAAUACCACGCUCAUCUCUCUCUCCUCUGUUUUUUUCGGGAUCUCAAUGUUUCCCCGGUGGCCAUUUUGUUCGAGAGAAUCGGCCGAUCGGUUCCAGUAAUCCAACCACCGUUCUCGGCAUCCAAACAGUGGAGUCAGAAGCCAGAGGAGGAAGAUCAAGAAGAAGAUCAAUCCAUUUUUAUAAAUAAUUUUGGGCAUAUAUAAUAUGACACAUGUAAAUAGAGUUCCCAAUCAAGUUUGGGGGUUUUGUGUUUUCUUGUGACUCGGUCUCUGCUUCGAUCACCCGAAACUAAACUGGGGAAGAUGAUCGGAGCCUCGCCGGGUUUUCCUCAGCUGUUAAUUAAUCCAAAUCGCAACUGUUAAUCAGUUAUUAUUGAGAGAUUAAUUUCACGAGUCAAAUUAGUUACAUAUUCAAUUGCCGCCCUCCCAGAUUUUUUCUCGGGAAAUGGUUGGUCAUCAUCGAUCGGCUUCGUUCCUUUCUGUUUUUUUCCUUUUUUGAGUUUCCUGUUGUUCCGCCAUGGCAAUUAUUAGCUGGCUGGCUUACACAAUUUAAGUUGAGUUCAGGUCUGGAUUUGGAUUAUUGUGUGUUGUCCAUUACCUCCUGGGAUCCUCACAUGCAAAUGCAAAUUGCAAAACUGCAAAUCUCUCUUUCCUAUUCUGCGAGCCGUUUGCCAGAACAGAGAGGGAGAGAGAGAGAUUCUACUGAAGCAUUUGGGGGCGGUGGGCUGUUAAAUGUUUUUCUAAUAAUAAUAAGAUAUAAUAUUUAAUUUGAGUGAGCUAGCGAGCUCCAUAGAUGGAUCUGGUUUCCUUGCUGAGUCACUCUGCGGCUCUAAUAAUCAGUUGUGUACUUUGGCCGCGUACUAAACCGCCAUUGUUGUUCGUAGAAAGACGGGUCUACUUUACUAAUAUCAAUUUUCUCUUUUUUUUUUUUCCUCUCGCAAAUUUCAAGAUUGUGAAAUCUCACCGAAUAUAUAUCGAAAAAAAUAAUUUAAUCGUUGUUCAAUUAUUUUACUGUUAAAAUUGUUUAUUAUUUUUUUGGAAUACAGUAUUUCCAGUCCAACCGUACAAUAUGAUGGGUUUCUUAAACAUGCAUUUUUUUUGAAUCGCUACUUACAAAAUGUGCAAAAAAUCCUCCAUUAAUAUAUGGUAGAGUUUUGUGUACUUUUCUCCAUUUCAAAUUUCCUGCAACGAGAAUGAAAGUAGGAAGGUCAUUUUUGUCUUUACACAUUUAUUAUUAUUUCAUAUAAAAAUAACAAUAUCAAGAUUUGAACCUGGGUCUCUUCAAACAAAGAUAACAAGCACAACCAGUUACACUAAACAAAUUUAUUGCAUCCUUUUUUAUACAAAAAAAUAGACAAAGUUAAUCUCUGAAAAUCAGAGGUCUUUUUCAUCAUAAUUAGCAAGCUCACUAAGUCUACCGUAUGUAUUUUUAUAGAGCUUGAUACUUCUAUUUCAUAGUAGAGUUUCAUGUAAUUUUCUCAAUUUUAAAUUCCCGCUCUCUCCUUAAUUUUUGCUAAAGGUAAAUGGGUAAUUGGCCAACAUGGAAGAAACUAAUUAUGUAACUACUGUUGUAUCCUCGCAUUUUUCAAUUUAAAUUUAAAUUUUAUGUUUUUUUAUCUUUGUUCUUUUCUCUUUCUAACUUCCUCCGAAAUUUCAUCCAUCGUGCAAUAGUUUGUGCCUUUCACUUCCCAGUACAAGACUGUUAUUGAAAAUCAAUCUUUAGGUAUCUCUUGGCACUAUGGUUUUAUUGUUGGAGAUUUUAAGCUGGGCGAGUAGAAGAUUUCAACUCCGAUAUCAAUUCAUGGCGAAUAGAAUGGAGUUCAUCAAUAACUGAAGUUCUAGAAGAAAUAUUAGAAAUUGAAUUUUUGGUUGAAUAUAUGCCUCUUGAGAUAGAAAUUUGGUUGUACAACGGAGAGUGGUGGCUAUUGGAUCUUUAGGUUUAUGGUUUUUGCAACUGUCAUAACCUAUUUCUAUCUUAAAACGAGGAAUCAUUGAUUGAUUGUUUGAAUUCUUUAUUCAACCUACUGGAACUAAUAGAUAAGGAGUGUCUAAUUUUGCGCCUUAUUACUUUGAUCGAGUCUAUUCGUAUAUUGGAGAUAACCCUGAUUUUUUCGUUUGCUCUCAAGUUGUGAUGAUCCCCUCUUAGCUGAGUUUUUAGUAUAUAGAUGACUUGAAUCAACAACUCUCUAUUUCUUUUUGAUGAGUGACAUAUUGUUUCUAAAAGGAGAGCAUUGAACCCUUUAUAUAGGAUUGUGAGGUUUAAGAUUUAGUUUCAAAUUAUCUAUGGGUUGUGUGAGAAUUUUAGUGAGCUUUUAUACUCUAUAUUUCUUGACUGUCAAAGAAAACUAACCAAUAGCAUUUUAACAGGGACUUAAUUAGCAUUAUGAAAAUGGGCUCAAUGAUACAUUUUUAUAUUUUAUAUUCUUAAAUGAUUAUGAUAUUUCUCCGAAUGUUCGACCUAUAUAUUAUUUCUUUAUAUAUCAUCUCGAUCGAAUGAUUAUCAAUAAAAUUAAACGGGUUAAUAGACUCAAAAGUAACAUAAAAAUACAAACAAUCAAAUAUGUGCAUUCCGGCCAAAGGGCCGGGUUAUAAGAUAGUGUAAAAUAUGGAACACUUUGUACUGUCGAAGAGUAUACACGUCCACCUACUGAUAUUUCGUUCUAUUCCCCCCCCCCCCCCCCCCCCCCCCCCCCCCCCCCCCCCUCCUUGACAUCAACAUUUAUGUUUUCAAAAUGAGCUAAAGAAUAAAAAGGACACCCGAUGAAAACCCAACCACUUUCGUCGUGAAUUGACAUGUGGAGUUUUCGGAAAUUAUUUUCGUUGUUUGUUUGAGUUGUCUAAAAUCUAAAUAGUAUAUUUGUCAUGUUGAUGGAGUAUUUAUUCAAGUUGUUGUUGAUAAGUAUGGUAUGAGAUGUUACUGUUACUCGAACUUUUGAAUAAGAGAAUUUAUGUUUGAACUUCGAAGUUUUGUUAUCUCUAUUAAUAAAUCUAUGAUGUAUGAUGUCUAUGUAAACUUCAAUCUCAUAUCAACUUAUUAGCUUAGUACAACCAACACUUUAUAUCACAAACAAUAUAUCUUCUAAUUUCGAGUGUUUUAAUUAAUUUAUUUAAUGGGGGAAUAAUGAAAUGUUAAAUCAUAUUAAAACAAAUGGGAUUGGCGUUUUGGAGGGUGUAUUGAAGGUGGAUGAACAUGGGUGAUGAGUAUGGAUGGCAAUGGGGCGGGUUUGCCUAAACCAUUCCCAUACUCAUCUUCAAAUACCCAAAUCCAUACUCGUCUCAUACCCCAUGCGGGGAAUGUUUUGCAAACCCAUCCCCAUAUCCGUGGAUUUCGGGUACCCAUGGGUAAUACCCAUACCCGUACAUCCAACAUUAUUAUACCUACAAUUUACAAAAAAAAAAGUUUUAAUUAUAACUAAACGAACAUAUUAUAUCAUGAAGCUAACAAAACACGGUCAUUUUUUUAAUAUGGUUCAAAGAAUAUGAUCCUAAAAUAUCCAUUAAUACAUAAUAUAGAGUCUAAUAUUUUUCAAAUUAUUAUGUUCUAACUCUGAUACAUCUACUAAAUAAUAAUUAACUAACAUAAUCUUGUUGACAAGGGGGAAAGUGAAAGAGUGAAAUGAGAAUUAAGAUAUAUGAAUUAGAUUUUGAUUAAGGUGGUCACUCACUUGCAUUUCUAUUAUUUAUUUUCUCAAGUUAUACUCAUCAUCAUUGAUAGAUUAUAAUUUGAUGCACAUAUUUUAUAUAUGAAAAAAAUUAUCUUGGUGGGGUGGGUAUGGGAAUGGGUAUGAGGUGGGCCGGUGGGGAGGCUAAAACCAUACCCGCCCCACACCCAUCAAACUUUUUGCGGGUUUUACCCAUAGCAGGUCAAAGUGGGGAUUCCCCGCGUUGAUUGGGUCGGCGACGGUCGGAUACCCGCAGCCAUGGGUUUGAUUCCCAUCCCUAGUGAUGAGUGCUGACGAGAUGAGAGGUUGUUUCGUUUGCUUCCGGUUUUGGUUUAAAGUCUCUUUUUACGCAAUUGUAUAGAAUGAAUCAUCAGCCUAAUUCAUUAGUUCUAUACUCUUCUUAUAUUACACUAGUGAGUAGUGGCCAAGUGGGAUAGUGCCGUAAGGGUAACUUCCCUUAUUCAUGAAAAGGAAACAACUUCUGGUUAUGGAAGUGAACAAACAGGUAGCAAUUUCAUUGUGGAGGGCAUCUAUACCUAAAAAUAAACAGAGUUCUCUUGUUUAUCACGUUGAUUGGUCGUAAGAGGUUGUUGGAGUACCAAAAAAGAGUCCACAACUCCACAUAGGGGUUUGAGAUAGAGUUGAUGUUGGUUUAAUAGCACAACAAAUUGGUAGGCUUUAGACUCUUUACUUUUGUGGACAUAUCAUAUGUGACCAGUGACCAAAUAGGAUGCACUCUUGUUCUUCGUACCCACGAACUAAACAUCAUAACUUGGAACCUCCAAGCAAAAGCUCAAUCUUCUCGAGAAUAGCACCACCUCUAACAUUUUUGGAUGUCCUGCUCAUUGAUCUUGUCUAUGGAGGGACCUCCGUGAAUUCAUUCUAGUCGUAACUUUCAAUGGCAUAUCAUCUUCUCGAAGGACAACUCUCUUCCUGUAUCAUGCAUCUAAAUUCUCAUUUUUCAUAUCAACCUUCUUGAAAUUGUAACGUGUUACAAUCAUCAUAUUGGAGUAAAACGCCCUUUAAAAAGACUAAUUUCGGGGAGAAUGUCCACACAGAUUUCCCACUUUUGGAACCCACUUUGUGUUAUAGGCAAGGAAACAGAGAACACCAUCCCCUGAGUCCCGCAGGCCGCAAGUGGUAAGUCCACAAUGGAGUAGUGAUCAAUAGUUGAUUUGAAUGCUAAUCAUUGGGAUUAAGAUUGGCGUGCGCCACGAAACAAAUAUCAUCCUAAUAAAGUGAGGGAGGAACAAUGAAGAAAUAAAGAUGAUUAGAGCACUAAAAAGGUAAGUUAUCGGAAAGUCCAGCAUACCUUUCAUAGGUAGCCUAGAUUCUCUAGUGCCUAAGUUGAUUAUAUAUGUUUGAAGAAAUAAUUAAGAUGAGAAUGUUUAUGUUGAUCAUCCCCCACAAAUCUUGCACCACUUGUAAUUUGCAUCAUCGAGAAUCUUGUUAGAUGUUAAAUAAAGCAAAGUCCCACCCCUCAUUUUGACUACAAUCAGCAUGAAUCGCCAAAAUUGAUUAGGUUUCAUCUCCUUUGUAUUUCUUUCUUUCGCACCCUUCAUUUUACGCUAUUUAAGUAAAAACAAUAAUAUUUAAAUCCGAUAAGGAAAAAAUAGCUUCGAAAUUCUAGAGAAAGAAAUAAGAGAGCGUUAGCAUCUUGAACACGCCUUGAACAGAUGAGUCCAAUCGUUUUCAAGGCCUAAACCUAAUCUAAAAUUUAAAAUUCUUAUGAGAAAUUGGAGAGCACUAGCACCUUGAAUGUAUCAGUCCAAUCUUUUUUCGAGGCCAACUAUUAUUUAAUAACUUUGUCAAGACCAACUAUAAUAUGUCAUAAUUAUGAAAAUAAGUGUACUUCAAUAUU